AUGAGGCCGUCUCUAUCUUCCCGCCUCCCCGGCCGACAAAACACCCCACGCAUCCCCUUGGCAUGUGUACACACAACCUCCCCCAAGCCCCAAGAAGCCGCCGCGCUCCGCCAAACCGAAGUUUCCCAGCCCGCGGAACCGUCUAUCAACGACCUUCGCCGCUCGCCGCGCGCGCUGCGCUAUGAGACCCCGGCGCAGGACUCCCAUCUCCUCCACAUCGUCGACGCGAGCACGGGCAAGCCCGCGGCCGUCUUCGACGCCGCCUGGCUCCGCGACCGCUGCCCAUGCCCGCACUGCGUCAGCCCGUCCUCGGGUAACAAGUCCUUCGCCACCACCGAGAUCCCGCGCGACAUCGCCUUCUCGCAGGUCCGGACGCUGGCCGACGGCGCCGUCCAGAUCCGCUGGGCCAACGACAUCCCGCGCGCAGCUGCCAUCGACCACGUCUCCGUCUUCCCCGCAACGGGCGAGGACGCCCUCGGCGCCAUGGCCCUCGAGAAGCCCGUCCUCUUCGCCCGCCACGACUGGGCGCCCGACCGCGUGCCCAGGUUCGGCUGGACGACCGAGACCCUGACCCCGCGCCUCCUGCGGAUCCGCUACGACGACUUCGUCGCCGGCGGCGCCCACUUCCGAGACACCGUCCUCUCGCUGUCUCAGAUCGGCCUCGUCUUCCUCACCGGCAUGCCACAGACUGAGACGGCGGUCGCCGACGUGGCCCUCAGGUUCGGCGCCGUCAAGGAGACGUUCUACGGCCGCACCUGGGACGUCAUCUCCAAGCCCGACGCCGAGAACGUCGCCUACACCUCGUCCUACCUGGGCCUGCACUCCGACAUGCUCUACCUCGACUCGCCGCCCCGCAUCCAGCUGCUGCACUGCCUCGAGAACUCGUGCUCCGGCGGCGAGUCCAUCUUCAGCGACGCCUUCCACGCCGUCAGCCGCCUCCGCGACGCCCGCCCCGACCACUACGACGCCCUCUGCGCCGUCCCCGUCCCCUACCACUACAGCAAGAAUGGCUUCUUCUACCGCCAGGCCCGCCCCGUCGUCAGCCACGCCGAGGACCCCGACCUCCGCGAGGUAUGGUGGUCGCCGCCCUUCCAGGCCCCCUUCCCCGUCCACGAGACCGCCGCCCGGGCCGCCGCCUGGCCGCGGUGGCUCGACGCCGCGCGCGCCUUCCAGGCCGUCCUCGAAGACCCGGCCAGCGUCUACCAGCACAAGCUGCGGCCCGGCGAGUGCGUCCUCUUCGACAACCGGCGCGUGCUGCACGGCCGCCGCGCCUUCGACACGGGGAGCGGUCGCCGUUGGCUCAAGGGCACCUACGUCGCGGACGAGGACUUUAGGAGCACCCUGCGAGCCAUCCCGCGGGCUGGAAAUUAG